CGGGCUGUCGGCCGCCGCCGCCGCCGCGGGCUCCAGGCGCGACCUAGGUGUCCAGUUUCCUCUGACCUUGGGGACCCAGGAAGCACCCAGCGAGCGGGGCGAGGAGCGAUCGCUCGAGGGGAGCCCGACCUUGCGUCCGAGGUGUAUGCACCAUGGCUGUGACUGGUGUCAGAUUGCUCACUGGUGCUUUAAGAAAGCCAGAUGCCUGGAUUGGACUCUGUGGUAUGCUUCAAGGGACAUCUUCACACAAACUCUGUGCUUCCUGGAAUCAGUACUUACACUUUUCUAGUACUAAGCUAAGUGUAUCAAGUUAUAAAACACUCUUCCAUAAUAUUUUCUCUCUGAGCCUCCCAAGGCUUUUAGUGCCUCAAGACCGUAGCUUUUCACUUUCCAUGCGACUCAAAAGCAAUAUAAGCUCUAAAGAAUCCUCUAAAAAGACUCUGCAAAAACUAGUAGAUGAAGAGGACUCUGAUGAGGAAGGUGAUCAUGAGAAGAGCGAGGAGCUUGAGGGUGAGCCUGGUGUGGUCAAGGACUACAAAGACCUGGAAAAAGUCGUGCAGUCUUUUCGGUAUGAUGUCAUCCUAAAGACGGGCCUUGAUAUUGGAAGAAACAAAGUUGAAGAUGCAUUCUACAAAAGUGAACUCAGACUGAAUGGAGAAAAAUUAUGGAAGAAAAGCAGAACGGUGAAAGUAGGAGAUACUUUGGAUCUUGUCAUUGGAGAGAACAAAGAGGCGGGGACCGAGACAGUGAUGCGGGUUCUCCUGACAAAAGUCCAUGAAGAAAAGACGGAGAGUGAAAAGUACCGUGUGGUGUUACGACGGUGGAAAAAUUUAAAGCUGCCCAAGAAGAGUAAAUAGAUGCUUCUUAGCCACGAAGUUGCUUUCUAGUUGUGGAAGGAAGGGCCAACACAAGCGAGGACAUUUUUACUAAAAUAAAAUUCUCUCAAUAUCUGG